AUGUCGGGCUUCGACAGCGGCAGGCUGUUCAGCGCUCAGGUGCUCGCCGGCUCCGAAGCGUCUCGAGCACCCGACGCACCAGCGCAGACCGAACAGUCGCUGUACGAGUUUGUGCAACGAUUCCGCACGGGCAACAACGACUACAUCUACAGGGACAGGCUUAGAGCGAAUCUGCUGGCAAAGCAAAACGUCCUCGAAGUCACGUUGGAGCAUGUCCAGCUAUGGAACGCUACGCUGGCUCAGGCCAUGCGCCAGACGCCAAACGAGAUCCUGCCAUUGGUGAGUGGGGGAGUGUGUGUGUGUGUGUGUGUGUGUGUGUGAGGGGAUGGCAUGUAUGCUACGUAUCGAUGCGCGCAAGGUGGACGAAUGCUCAUGCCGCACACCGCACACCGCACGCCGUACGCAGUUCGAGUCGGCGGUGAAGCGAGCAGCGCGGGGCAUUCUGCAUCCCAUCUCUACCGGCACAGAUCGAGGCAGACCAGAAGCGCCGGAUUGUCAAGUCAGCCUGCGCUCCUCUGCCAAUCUGCUCGGCAUGCGCGAUCUCCAUGCAGACAGCAUCACCCGCCUGGUGAGGAUCCCAGGCAUCGUGAUUGGCGCAUCCACCCUCUCCUCUCGUGCCACGCACCUGCAAAUCAUGUGCAAAGAGUGUCGUACACUCAAGACGCUGCCCAUCUCUGCCGGAUUUGGCGGCUUCUCUUUGCCGCGCAACUGCAGCGGACCAGAGGGGAUGGAGGGACAACAGACCAAGCCCAACUGCGGCAUCGAUCCUUUUGUCAUCCUCCACGACAAGUGCAGGUUCGUCGAUGCGCAGACCAUCAAGCUGCAAGAGGCGCCCGACAUGGUUCCCGUGGGUGAGCUGCCUCGACACAUGCUCCUGUCUGCUGACAGGGCACUGUGCGGCAGGGUGGUGCCUGGAAGCCGCAUCAUCGCCACGGGUGUGUACAGCACCUUUGCCCCAAGCAGCUCUCGAGGAGGCAAAAUGGGUGGAGCGGUGGCCCUUCGACAGCCGUACCUGCGCGUCGUAGGUCUCGAGAUUGACGCAGAAGGUGCAGCAGGCAGAGGAGCUGCUCGACUAUUCACUGUAGCGGAAGAGGACGAGUUCAGCCGGUUUGCGAGGACGCCACAGCUUUACGAAAAGUUUGCUAGGAGCAUUGCGCCCAGCAUCUUUGGCAAUGAGGACAUCAAAAAGGCCAUCACCUGCCUCUUGUUCGGAGGCAGCAAAAAAGUGCUGCCUGAUGGGAUGCGCCUCCGAGGCGACAUCAACGUCCUGCUUCUCGGCGAUCCUGGUACGGCCAAAUCUCAGCUGCUCAAAUUCGUUGAAAAGGUGAGCCCAUUGAGCAGUCGUGCUGCGGCGGCGCACGCGCAGUCGUUUGCUGACGCUGUUCGCCUCCUCUUGCUCUCUCCCUAGGCGGCCCCGAUCGCAGUGUACACGUCCGGCAAGGGUAGCAGCGCAGCAGGUCUUACCGCAUCGGUGCAGAGGGACACGCAGUCUGUAAGUUUGAGCCCUUGUCAACGCGACUUGUCUUUGCUACGAGCGCUCACAUCGCCACAUCGACCUGCUUCUCCACAGCGCGAAUUCUACCUGGAAGGCGGUGCCAUGGUGCUGGCCGACGGUGGCGUGGUCUGCAUCGACGAGUUUGACAAGAUGCGCGAUGAAGAUCGCGUGGCCAUCCACGAGGCCAUGGUGAGUUGGUUGCUCGCCUUGGGCCGCGUGCCGCGUGCCGCCUCGGCGGUCGAUUUGAUGCGAAUGCCCCUCCCCGACGCGCCACCGCAGGAGCAACAAACGAUUUCGAUUGCAAAGGCGGGCAUCACCACGAUUCUCAACUCGCGCACCUCCGUCUUGGCUGCGGCGAAUCCCGUGUUCGGAAGGUACGACGAUAUGAAGUCGCCUGGGGAGAAUAUCGAUUUUCAGACGACGAUUCUGAGUCGAUUUGACAUGAUCUUCAUCGUCAAGGACGAGCACGAUGAGGGAAGAGAUCGUACCAUCGCCAAGCACGUCAUGAACAUUCACAUGAACAGACCUGGAGCGAAUCCCGCUUCGGAGGUGGUGGGAGAGAUCGACAUGGACAAGAUGAAGCGUUAUGUGGCCUACUGCAAAGCGCGUUGCGCGCCGCGCUUGUCGGAGGAAGCGAGCGAGAAGCUGAGCAGUCAUUUUGUGGCGCUGAGAAAGCAGAUUGCCCAGGUGGAGCGCGACAAUGACGAGCGAAGCAGCAUCCCCAUCACGGUGCGACAGCUGGAAGCCAUCAUUCGCAUGAGCGAGAGUCUGGCCAAAGUGACGCUCAGCCCUACGGUGCAGGAAGAGCACGUAGAGGAGGCCAUUCGACUGUUCAAAUUCUCCACCAUGGACGCCGUGCAAGCUGGUUCGGUGGACGGCAUGACGCGCGGCGAGCUGCAGGAAGAGGUGCAAAAGUUGGAGAGGGAGAUUAGGAGGAGAUUGCCCAUUGGCUGGAGCGUCUCCGCUUCCAGACUGCGAAACGAAUUCGUAGAGGCGCAAGGCUUUACGCAGCACGCUCUUGACAGGACGCUGUACGUGCUGGAAAAGAGGGACGUCUUGCGUUUCUCUAACCAGAGAAAAGUCGUCACUAGGACCGGCGUCUAG